UUGGCAACUAGCUGUCAAGUGAACAAAAGUGUCCUUCCUUGAAACAUACCAAGAUAAUUGGUUUCAACCGACGUCCAAUCUUUCAAAUAGUCUAGGCGUGUGGUCUAUAAUAACAAGUCAAAAUACAUAAGAGUGGAAGAUUUCUUUUUUUUGUACAGCUGUUUACAGUCCGCAACAGUGGUCGACUUCGUUUUGCAUGGCCCGGUGCCCCGUUGUUAGCACGGAGUUGGUAAUUUUAGAUAAUUUCAUUGAUUCUUAAGAGGAGUCUCCACCAUCCUUGAGCACUGGGACACGCAAAACGAACCCCACCAAUAUGACGAAAAGGGGGGAAUUGUUUCAAUGACUUUUCGUGCAACAUUGUUGCAAAUAUUUGCCGCGUAAACGACAAUUAUGACAGGUUGCCCUACUGAGAACUAUUUAUUUGACUGUGUGUUGUAUUGUGCUUCUAACAAACCACAGCGAAUCGUUUUAACAGGAUGUGGGCUUGUCCUAAACGAAUGUCCCGUCAUUCACCGCGGUACUAUUUUUUUUUUACCAACGCUCAUUAUACACAAACAGUUAAACAUCAUCGAAGUGCGAGAUCUGACGGGAGAGCAGCUACAAUGGCUCCACGUAUGGAUGAUGUCAUGCAACUAUGCUGUGACCUGUCUGCAAAUCAGCAGAUAAAAGCAGCAGUGAAGAAUUCUGGGAAAGGAUCCGCAGUGGCAGGAGGGACUGCAUUUUUAGGGGGUCUUCUAGGUGGUCCCCCAGGGAUUGCUGUUGGUGGUGCAGUAGGUGGCCUGUUGGGAUGGUGGAUGACCAGUGAACAGUUCAGACCUCUCCCUCAGAUCAUCAUGGAGCUGCCUCCCCACCAGCAGCAGAGGCUCUAUGCUGAUAUCAUGGCCGUUUUGGGCUCACUGGACUGGACAGACCUGGCCCAGCUGACCGCCCUGGUCAUAGGGAAUGCUACUCUCCAGCAGCAGGUCACUGCCGCCCUACUCAGUUAUAUCACAAAGGAACUGAGAGCAGAGGUGAGAUAUGGGGACUGAUCUACACAGACUGAAUAUCUGGAGGAACUUAGAACACACAUUUGCUGCCUUUUGAAAGAAACAUCUUUUUGUACUCAAAUUCAACUCCAGCUUAUUUUUGGAGACUGAAAUAACCUUCAGUGGAAGAGGCCUUAUUUAGUUAAUACAUUGAGGCUCAUGUCAGACCAGUCAUGUUACCCAAUAUCUGAUCAUAUCCUUUGAUAAAGCAAUGGACAAUUUCACCACUUUCUCACGUGAUUUUCAUUACCUCCAGAACAAUACCAGUGUCUACAUAUGUGAAAAUGGCACAUUUCUACGUUUUGUAGAAACAAAUAUGGAGUUAAAACCCAAUGACAUCAUCAAAAGUUAGAACAUAUUUAAAAACAGUGAUUUUCAAACACUUUGAGACUCGCAGUGACGUGAGGAGCAAGAAAAUACCCUCUGGCUCGAAACUUUGUUGAAAAUCACUGUUUUGUUACUUUUAAUCCUAGCCUGUUAUGUCACAGAGAAGCAUUUUUUUUAUGACCUUUCUUAUCUUUUUAACCACAGAUCAUUAAAACGCGCUGUUUUUACAUAGUGUAUGUAGACACUGGUAUGGCGCUGGAGAUAAUGAAUAUGAGGUUGAAAAGUGGUGGAAUUGCCCUUUAAUGUACACAUUUGUUUUGUUUUAGAUGAGAAAGUUUUGCCUCUGAAUGUAGCGGUAUGAUUGAAACUUCUCUUGCAAGAACAGUCCAGCAAUUAAUCAAUAUGGUGCACUUUAUUUGUACUGUAGGGCAUCAUUUGUUGCCAAUAUUCUGCACUGAAAUGUACACGUUGAAUAUUGCUGUGCAUUUAUAAUUUACAUUAUUUGCAACAAAUACAAAGACAAUGACAAAAUCACUCCUCUUGUAAGUGUGCCUGGGAUCUCAAGCGACUCAUGCAUUGUGAACAUGGUAAGAGAUGAGUACUUCUGAGAAACCGGCCUUGAUACUUCUGGCGCCUAAUGGUGAUAAGUCCCACCUAGUCCUAGAAUUAACUAAUUGGGAAAAUCUUAGACACUUUUUGUAAUGCUCUGUACUAAAGAGUUUAUAUGAAAAUCAUGAUGAAUGAAAUAAAGGUAAAUGGUGACUUGUAUGAUCACAAGCUUUUAGUAUGACAUCAUUAAGCCAGAAAACAUGUUUCAGUGAAUCAACUGACAGUUUCAUAAGGGAAAUUCAACCACUUACACAUUAUUUGUAAGAAAAGGAAGACAAUGCUACGCAAUGUAAUCUCCUGGACAGAUGCAUGCACGGAACAGAAUGGUAUCUCAUCUGACGCAAUUACUUAGUAUUUUUGUUCUGGUUUUCUGAAAUGGUACGCAAUGUAACAUAGUUCCUCUUUUUCAAUGUUUCAAAUGUAGACUUUUGAAUAAUACUAGAAUCUUAAGGUAUUUGUAACGGCUGUCUACUGCCUCCUCCUUGGAUGAGGAGGAGUAAGGGUCGGACCAAAAUGCAGCGUUGUACGUAGACAUAAUGAAUUUAAUAAAUGAAAGACGAAGAACA